GGUUUUAAACAGAUCCCUUCUGUCAAAGUUUUAAUUUUUAUUUUUGACAUAAACACAUGAGUAAACUAUUUAAAUUUUAGCGCACAUUAAGUCAAUUUACCUUUGGAAUGUUUAAAUUUUUUAGAUUGUCUCCCUUUAAUCAAAUAGGAAGUAUUAAAAACGAAAGUAAUUGGUUUAAAACAUUAAAUCAAAUCGACACGUAUGGCUGACAGUAAAUUCUGUGCUGGUUGUCAGCGUGGUGAUGAAGAAAUUGAUGCCGUAUCUUGGUGCAGUGAUUGCAGUGAACUUGUAUGUAAGGUUUGCGCCAGAGUUCAUGAAAGGAUAUCCCCGCCUCACAAGGUAGUACCAAUUAAAGAGAUACAAACACUCAGUUCUUCGCUUCUUAAAUUGUCCAAGAACUGCGAGAAUCACCCCAAACAAAAGAUUGUACUGUACUGCUGUCAACAUGACAAAAUGAUCUGCGAUUCAUGUUUACCGAUAUCACAUCAGAAUUGCAAGUCUAUCACUUCAAUUGAAAAUGCAGCUAAAGGCGUGAAAGAUGGCACCGCUAUUUCUGACCUAGAGAGAAGAAUGUUAAACCUAAGUCAAGUUAAUGCGAACAUACUGACUCAAACUGCAACAACACUUGACGAAUUGGAAAAAGGUCGAAAUAAAAUCAAGAAAAGAGUGUCAGAAAUCAAACAGAAAGUUAUUGCUCACUUAGAUAAGUUAGAAGCAGAUAUACAUGAAGACAUUGAUGAUAAGUAUAAGCACUGUAACGAGACAGUGUCCCGAAAUAAAAACAGCAUCAAAUCUAGCUCGGGAUCGCUGUCUACAUGGAAAAGAGAUCUUGAAUCACUGAAGCAAUACACAUCUGAAAUCCACUUAUUUCAGGUAGUAAAAUUUCUAGAUGCAAAAACCCACCAGAAAGAAUUAGAAAUCAGAGAAAUUCAAACAGGAAGUGUCCCUGUACUAACAUAUCAUCCUUCAGAGUCAGAGUCGAACAUAAAGAAACUAAUCCCAGACUUGGGUACAAUAACGGUAGAUAAUGUCCAAGUACCAACGCCUGUUCUAAAUAUUGAUCAACAAUGUCAGUUUCUGGUCAGAGACAAGAGAAAAUUGUCUUUGACACAUUCUUUCCAGACCACGAAAUUAGGUGAUGGAGUGAGUAUUUUUAGAGGUUGUUUUAUUCCUGGUGAUAAGUUACUCCUUGGUCAUAACAGAGAUAAUGAACUUUAUGUUUCUAAACUUGAUGGAUCCAAACCCAAGGUAAUUAAUUUGGAUUAUUCACCACAUCGUAUUACCUUGUAUGACAACAACCAUGCUUUAGUAUCUGUAGGUUAUAAAGGUAUCCAGAUCAUUGACCUUACAACAUUAAAGCCUGGUAGGAUAAUUAAAGUUGGAGAAUAUUGUAAAGGAAUAACCAGUGUAAAGGAUAAGAUCUGGGUAAGAAAUCAAUUCAACACUCUAACCAUAGUGGAUAUUAAUGGUAAAGUUCUUAAUACAAUACAUACAACAUUUAAUACUUUUGAAAUAUCUGCCAAUCAAGAUGGUGAUGUCUAUUGUACUGACCGUUAUAGUGAUACAGUCUACGUCGUAACAUCGGAUGGCAAAGAACGUGAGAUAUACAGCAGUCCUGACCUGAAAGAUGCUGGGGAUGUGGCUGUAGAUGACCGUGGUGAUGUGUAUGUAGCAGGAAAAGGAUCAAACAAUAUACAUAGAAUAUCUAAUGAUGGACAGAAACAUGAUAUUGUCCUGUCAGCAGACGAUGGUAUCAAACAACCGACCGGUUUAUCUUACAACUGUGAAACAAGAGAACUAUUUGUCAUAAACAACCAAUGGAAAGCUAUCAAUAUUUACAAAACACAAUGAACACUGACUAAGGAACAUUGACUGUAAGCCUGACUUAUACUGACUAGAAUGCAGUAACAAGAACCCAAGACAAUGGUCAUUUCUAUAUGAACAGAUUUUACUGCUGAUUUUGCCAAAAGAUCUAUUGAAAAAGUAAAAACUUCAUUCCAUACUAUUAUUAUGACGCAUUUCAAAAUAAUCAAUAAAUUGUUUUGUAUUGUACUGAAAAACUUAAUUCAGUUAGUACUUUCUUUUUGCAUACAAUAAGUGAGAAUCAAAUACAGUUAUCGUCCAAUUUAUGUUUUGAAUACUCUCCUAUGUUUUAAUAUAGGUGUGGAUGAACACAUUUAUAUGAGUUCUUGAAAAAUAAAAAGUGAAAUAUCA